GCGAGGGAGAUGGGGUUGCUGAAAUUCCUCCAUGGCGCGGCGCUCUUGCUGCUUCUUGCGGGGGUUGCGCAUGCUCAACAAACAACGACGACGACCAAUCCGGUUGACGCGGCAGCGCUGAACGCGGUGUUCGCCAAGCUUGGCCAGAAGGCAGGGCCGCAAUGGAACAUCAGCGGCGACCCCUGUACCGGCGCUGCCAUAGACAACACCAACAUCGACAACAACGACAUUUUCAAGGCAGCCAUCAAGUGCGAAGUCUGCACAGGCGGCAACAUCUCUGUCUGCCGCAUCACCAGGCUGAAAAUAUAUGCCCUGGACGCGGUGGGCCCCAUACCAGAAGAGUUGCAGAACCUCACAGCCCUAACCGAUCUGGAUUUAGGGCAAAAUUACUUGACAGGGCCUUUACCAUCCUUCAUCGGAGAGUUGACUGAUAUGAAGUACAUGACUUUUGGUAUCAAUGCAUUAUCUGGACCUUUACCAAAGGAGCUCGGGAACCUUAAGAAUCUUAUAAGAUUGGGCUUGGGCGGAAACAAUUUUAGUGGCUCGCUUCCUUCGGAACUGGGAAACCUGGCAAAACUUGAGGAACUGUACAUUGACAGUUCUGGCCUUAGUGGUCCACUGCCAUCAUCACUUUCCCAGCUUACGAAAAUGAAAAAACUAUGGGCAUCAGAUAAUGAUUUUACUGGACAAAUACCAGAUUAUAUUGGUAGCUGGAGCAGUUUAACAGAGCUGAGGUUUCAGGGUAAUUCUUUUCAAGGUCCAAUUCCAGCUACUCUCUCCAAUCUUGGCCAAUUGGCAAGCUUACGAAUUGGUGAUAUAUUAAAUGGGAGCUCUUCUUCACUUGCAUUCAUCAAUAAUCUGACAUCUUUGAACACCCUGGUUUUGAGGAACUGUAGGAUAUCUGAUAAGCUUGUAUCAAUAGACUUUUCGAAAUUCACGAGUUUAAAUUUAUUGGAUUUGAGUUUCAAUAAUAUCACAGGACAAGUACCACAAACCUUGUUGAAUUUGAACUCACUCGCCUUCUUAUUUCUUGGGAAUAAUAGCCUUUCAGGAAGCCUUCCAAGCUCAAUAGGAUCAUCACUUAAAAAUUUAGAUUUCUCGUACAAUCAGCUCUCAGGAAGCAUUCCUUCAUGGGCUAAAAAUUUACAAUUGAAUCUGGUGGCAAACAACUUUGUGGCCGAUAGUUCCAGCAACAGUGUCUUACCUGCGGGGUGGGGGUGCCUUCAGCGUAAUACACCAUGUUUUCUUGAUUCUCCAAAGUCUUCUUCCUUUGCUGUGGACUGUGGAAAAUCCAUAGUAGGCCCAGAUAGUCCUGUGUAUGAACCUGAUCGUGCCAGUCUCGGAGCUGCGUCAUUCUAUGUUACAGGAGCACAAACAUGGGGUGUUAGCAACGUUGGAAAGUUCAUGGAGGCAAAUAAUGGAAGUUAUCUAAUCCAUAGUCCGGGCCAGUUUCUCAAUACACUUGAUACAGAGCUGUUCCAGAAUGCAAGGAUGUCGCCGUCAUCCUUAAGAUACUUUGGUAUUGGACUAGAAAAUGGAAACUAUACAGUCACACUUCAGUUUGCAGAGUUCGACUUCCCAGACACCCAGUCCUGGAAGAGCAGAGGUAGAAGGGUUUUUGAUAUAUAUGUCCAGGGUGAACGUAAGGAGCAAAACUUUGACAUAAGGAAGGCCGCAGGCGGGAAAUCUUUCACAGCUGUUAGGAAGCAGUAUACUGUUCCUGUCACGAAGAACUUUCUGGAGAUUCAUCUCUUCUGGGCUGGCAAGGGCACUUGCUGCAUUCCUACUCAAGGCUACUACGGGCCUGCGAUCUCAGCUUUGAGUGCAACACCAAAUUUCACCCCUACAGUGCGUAAUGCUGUGGAAAAGAAGAAAGGUAGUAAAACAGGUGUGAUUGCGGGAGCUACAGUUGGUGUUGUAGUUUUAGGAUUGUUAGCAUUUGCUGGAAUCUUUGUUUGGAGGCAGAAAAAGAGAAAACUAGCGCUGGAGCAAGAAGAGCUGUACGGCAUUGUGGGAAGACCUAAUGUCCUCAGCUAUGGGGAGCUGAGGUCAGCUACAGAAAAUUUCAGUUCUAAUAACCUUCUUGGUCAAGGAGGAUAUGGGUCGGUUUUUAAGGGAAAGUUAACUGAUGGUAGGUUUGUGGCAGUGAAGCAGCUGUCUGAAACAUCUCAUCAGGGUAAAAAGGAAUUCGCGACGGAAAUAGAAACAAUAUCUCGGGUGCAGCACCGUAAUCUCGUGAAGUUGCAUGGUUGCUGCCUUGAGGGUAAUAAGCCUUUGCUGGUUUAUGAGUACCUGGAGAAUGGAAGCCUGGACCGUGCUCUGUUUGGAAAAGGGAAGACAAACCUAGACUGGUCUACACGUUUUGAGAUAUGCUUAGGUAUUGCAAGGGGUUUGGCCUAUCUUCAUGAAGAAUCUAGCAUCCGUGUUGUGCACAGGGACAUAAAGGCCAGUAAUGUCUUACUUGAUGCCAAUCUCAAUCCUAAGAUCUCGGAUUUCGGGCUCGCGAAACUUUAUGAUGACCAGGAGACACAUGUGAGCACGAAAGUUGCUGGUACAUUUGGUUAUCUUGCACCAGAGUAUGCGAUGAGAGGCCAUGUGACAGAGAAGGUUGAUGUGUUUGCAUUUGGUGUCGUGGUAUUGGAGACUUUAGCUGGAAGACCGAACUAUUACACUAGCGAGGACCAAAACAAGGUUUACAUUUUCGAAUGGGUCUGGGAACUGUACGAGGAUGGCCAACCUCUGGACAUGCUAGACCCGAGGCUGGAGGACUUUGACAGCGAGGAGGUGCUCCGAGCCAUCAAGGUGGCGCUCGUGUGCACCCAGGGCUCGCCCCACCAGCGGCCGCCCAUGUCGAGGGUGGUGGCAAUGCUUGCGGGAGACAUCGAGGCGCCCGACUGGGUGCCGAAGCCCAGCUACAUCACAGAGUGGCAGAUCAAGGGCGGAGGAGGCGACACCAGCUACAUGAGCUCCGACAUCAAUGGGGAGUCGAGCUCGGAGCCGGCGCAGUUCCUAGGCUCCGUCAUCGACAAAGGACGUUGAUAUGGGUACCCCCGUUGAUAUAUAUGAUCCAUCUGCUUGAUCGAUUCGUUGAGAAGGCGUGCAGUUUGUUGUCUCUAAUGUCGGAAUCUAUGCUUGACAGUACUUGCAUUGUGUAGUAGGUCGGAGUAGCAGAUAAAGUUGUAGGUGUACGUGUGUAUCUCUUGAUCGCU